GUAAAAACCGUUUAUUAUUUUUAUAUUUUAUAAGAUAAAGAACAUUUGUUUAUCUUUUUUUAAUGUUCUUGUAAUUAAAAAUAAAAUUUAUUAAAAUGACUGAAACCGAUUGGAAUUCGAUCAUGAUGACAGCUGAAAAACUUCAAGCAAAUGCUACAACUGACACAGGUAUGCCGAGUGUUACAAGGAAUAUUCGUCAACUUUUAGAUGCUGCAGAAAACUUAUGGACUAAAGUCGGUGUACCAGGAGUUGAAGCACAGGGUAAUAUAUUUUUAUGUAGCCGUGGUGUUGAUGCACCACAAGUUUCUAAACAACUCGAAAAGCUUAGUUCUGUAGCUACUCUUAAUACACUAGAUCCUAAACCUGAUAUGGAUGUUGAUAGCUUUGUAAAAAAUGAAGUCCAAAAUGCUAUUUUAGGUUUAAUUGAGUCUGUUAAAAAGAGUAAUGGAGAUGUCAUAGAAAGAAGACAAACAGAUACAAUGACUAAAAACUGGAGAAAUAAAAAAAUUAAUAUAGUCAAUUCAUUUCCUGGAUACAUGCCUAAUUCAUCUAGUCCAACUUCUAAAACUAUGCCUGCUCUUUCCAAAUUUAAUACUACUAAUUUUGGAUUGAAUGCACAUAUGGAUCAGACUGAAUUAACAUAUGCACAACACUUAUGUGAAUAUAAUCAGCUUGUAGAAAAUCAUGGUGUUCAAAAAGAUAUUUUACAAUCAUUCUCUAAAGCAGCUGAAAAUGCCCAUGAUGAUCGUGUAAAUGAAAUGUGGAAAAUAGUAAAAUGUAUGAGUCAAAUUAUUCCGGAAUACGGAUCUACUAAUUCUAGGUAUUCUACAAAUAAUCAAAAAUUAUUGAUUAGUAAUGCUAGAUCAUAUUUAGAACAAAGGUAUAUCAUUUUUAUGAAAAGUUAUGUUAAAAGUCAUUUAUCUAAAGCUAAAGUUGGAGGAAUCCCUGGAACUUUUCCUCUUGUAAGAAGUUUCGUAAGUGUUUAUAUUAAUCAGUAUAACAAUCCAGAUCAAUUAUUUUAUGAUGGACUUCCAUUUUGGCCAUUUUUAUAUUACUUAAUACGUUGUGGUGACUUAGAAUCUGUUGUUAAAGUUUUAGAAAAUGAUGGUACUCAUUCAGAACUACUUAAUGUAUUUAAAAGUAUUAAAUCCAAUCAUCAAUAUACUACAUUGAAUGAUCAAAACAUUAUGUCAACUGUUGUAUGGGAGUCUAGUGAUCCAUUUAAAAAAGUUAUUUACUCAUUAGUUUUGGCAGUUGAUGUGACAAGUAAACAUUCUGAUGUAAUCAAAACUGCUGAUGAUUAUUUGUGGUUAAAAUUAUGUCAAGUAAGAAAUGAAGUAGGUAAACUUACAUAUCCAAUCCUUCAAACCACAAUCUACAAAGAAUAUGGAGAACAAUUUAGUGAAGCUCAACCAAUGUCUUAUUUCCAGUUAUUAUUUUUAACAGGCCAAUUUGAAUCAGCUAUUGAGUUUAUAUUCCGCCAUACAAAAUUGCGAUGUCAUGCUAUACACAUUGCAAUAGCUUUGAAUGAAAUAAAUAUACUGUAUUUACCUAAAGAUUUUGAUCAGCCCAUUUUAUCAAAAGACAAUAAACAAAUGGCUGUAUUAAAUUUAUCUAGAAUGAUAAAAAUAUAUUGUACAAAGUUUGAAAACCAUGACUUAAAAAUGGCUAUCAAUUAUUAUUAUUGUUUAAGACAUGCUGAAUCAAAUGAUAGAACCUUAUUUGUUUCACAAGUAGCUGCAUUGGUUGUUGAAACUGAAGAGUAUGAAAAAGUAUUUGGAUAUUUAAAACCUGAUGGCAAAAAAAUGAAUGGAAUUCUAGAUUCAUUUGUUGUGGCAGAUCAUGUGAAAUUAGAAAUUAUUAAGUGUGCAGCUUAUCUUACUGAACAAAAAUGUGAUUUUGAAAUUGCAGCAAGAUUAUAUGAGCUAGUUGGUCAAUAUGAUAAAACCUUAGAACUGAUUAAUAUAAUGUUGAGUAGAAUAAUUCAACCAGAUACAUUUUCUGCAUUAGAUAAAUCUCCAAGAAUGAAAAACCGAAUUUAUGAUUAUGCAGAGGUUUUAAGUGAACGUUUAUCUGGGUCAGAAAUAAAUGCUUCUGAUGAAGAUAUAUUUACUUUCAAUAUGCUUAAGAGUUUAUUUGUGUUUUUCCAAUUAUAUGAAGAUAAGAAAAAUACUUUGGCUUUUGAUGUAUUACAAACAAUUGGUUUGAUACCAUUAUCUAGUGAUCAAGUUGAAGAAUGUUUGAGCGCAUUCAAAAAGUUUGGUGAGCUUAUUUUACGAAUUGUACCUGGUGUAAUGACUGCAACAAUGAACAUGUUGUAUUCACAAUAUACAGAAAUAAAAAAAGAAGAAGAAUCUAGUAGAAGUUCUAAAGAUCCAGAACAGAGACAAGCCCAAUUAGAAUACAUAAGAAAUAGAGCUAAAGCUAUAACUUCUUUUACAGGGCGUGUUCCAUUCCAGAUAAAUUCUGAAAUAAUUAACCACUUGGUACAAACAGAAAUUUUAUUGUAUUAGUUAUUAAUUAUAAGUUUUAAUUGGCUACAUUAUUUAAUUAAGUUAAAGUAUCCUUUAAUUUAUUUUUAUUAUGUAAUUUUGCUAAGUUUCUAAGAAUACUUGUUAAAUAUAUUUAAUCGAUUCUGUGUAAAUAUUUUAAAAUAGUGUUUUCUUAUUUUCAUAUUAAAAAAAAAUGUUCAACUACAACUGUAUUAAUGUUAGUUGAAAUAAAAUAUUCUAGAAUAAUUUUUCCGUAUUAUGAUUGAAUCAUCAACUAUUACAUUAUUGUCUGUGUUCAAUUUAUCUGUACAAUUAUAGCUUUAACUGCUAUUUUUAAAAAUUUUAUUUUACAGUAUAGCAAUUGAUUUUAUAAAACUUAUAGAAUUUUAACUAGUUGAACUAUAACUAUAUUUUAAUGAUAAUAUUUGUACACAGUAGUAUUUUGGGGAUGUACAAUGGUAUAAACCGCUAUACAUUUUUUUAAGGAAGUACACCAGGAUUCAGAAAAAAAUAUUUUUCUCUUUUUAAAAAAAAUAACAGUUAAAUUGACUUUUGUAUUUUUUUUUUCUUUAAUAAAAAAAAACUAUUUUUUAAUAUUGUUUAUAAAUACGAAUACAAACAUUUUUUGUGAUAUUAAUUAUUUAAGCACUAAUCCGAAAUGGAUUAUGACAAAAAAUAUUCACCCAAUUUCAA